AUGAGUAUCAAGUUGGGAGCUCGAGAACGAGCAAUUCCAACUGGUUCUAAUACCCCUUCUACCUCGACUUCAUCAGACGUUCUUCGUUCACUUUUAUUUACUUCAAAAGAAAGAAAAGUGCUCUCGACAUAUACAGCUCCACCCCCAAAUCGACAUCAUUCUCCGGGAGUCGUUUCUCAAUUAAUCAACAAAAUCGAACAGAAAACGUCACCUCCAACAACAUCAUCACGGCCGAAAAAGAAGAAAAAGGCUCCUCCACUUGCUCAAAUCGAUGAUCUUGAUCUGAUUGAAGAUGAUAAAACUGUCGUGGAAGUUGUGAAAAGUCCUCGAAGAAAGAAAUAUACUGGAAAUCCAUUAGGAAAUCUGAAAAUUCUGAAUAAUAUUCUUCCAUUGAGCAAAACUUCUGAAGACAAAGAGAAUUCAAACCAACCGACAGUAGGAAAGAAACUGAAAAAGAGCAAGAGCAAGAGCCGAGUUGAGCCAGAAUCCGAGCCGCCAUUCCGAUUAAAACGAACUUUGACGGAUCUGACGAACAAUCAUUCACCUGCUGGAUCCACGUGGCGACAGAUGGUCUCCAAUGCUCUCGGAGGUCCACUCAAAAAACGGCUCAGUGAAGGUGCUCUCUUCUUCCCGGGCACCAGCAAAACAGCAGAUGAUUGCGACGAUGAAGAGGGGGAUAAUACUAAGACGACAACGAAGCGCAGAUUUUUACAACGACGGAAACAAAGCGAAAAAAGUGCAGGAGGCGCCAACGGAAAAGAGUCCGGUGGUUCCGCCUCCUCAUCGUUUUUUGGAGCUCUUAUCAGAUUAUCCCACUCGGCUGCAAGUUUGACUUCCUUAACUUCACUUGGUGGUUCAAGAUCGAAUUCUGCAUCGCCUUCGAGUUCAAGAUCUAAUACAAAAGAAUUCAAAGAAGAACUGAAACCACCUCAACCACCACCGCCUGAUCUCAUUUCCCCGGUUGCUGCACUUUCUAAACCUAUAUUUACACUUGAUUCAUCACAUCCUGUAUCAUUGACUCCUCCAUCCAGGGAGCUUCGAAAAUCCAAAACGUGUCAGAUCACCACUGAUCGUCCUCCUAUUAUUCCAAGUAUCACCAUAUCUGAAAGUCGAAGUCUGAAUCGAAUCGACCGGUGUCGUCCAGUUACUGUCGAUGGAAGUGGUCUUACUCCAGAUAGACGUCCACUCGUUUCUCGAAGAAGCACAAUGAGUCGAACGAUGUCUUUGAUUCCAACAAGUCCAUCACUUCCGCCUCUUUAUGAAGAAGAAACAGCAAGUACAGCUGCAAUGGUAGAAGAAGAACGAGAGGAUAAAGCACAAAAAAGAAGAAUGAGAAGAUACGGAGGAUCGAAUACAACAAGUACAUAUCAAGGAAGAAAAGAUGUUGCUCCAGAUGCAUCUCCGAGAAGACAUCUAAUUGGUUUCUUACAUAGAACAUCACAUUUAUCCUUAACUUCUGAAUUGAGUGCAGAUGCUUCUUUUUAUUUGAUUGGCCACCGAAGGCAUCUCGAAGAAUCAACGAUCGGUUCUGAAUCUGACGCAAGAGUGUUCUCCGAUGACGAUGAUAGAGGAUCUACAACAACCGACUUUACUUCUGUCUCUCGUCAACAUGAAAAAAUGGCAAAGAAAAAGAAAAAUAAGAGGAAUUUCAGAAAACCCUCAAGAGCAUCCUCAUUUUCAAGUAUCACAGAAUCUUCGAUGAGUCUUGAUGUUAUUACUGUGAAUUUGAAUAUGGACACUGUAAACUUCCUUGGAAUUUCUAUAGUUGGACAGACUUCAAAUUGUGGUGACAAUGGAAUCUACGUGGCAAAUAUAAUGAAAGGAGGAGCUGUGGCAUUGGAUGGAAGAAUCGAAGCAGGAGAUAUGAUUUUACAAGUUAAUGAGACCAGCUUUGAGAAUUUCACAAAUGAUCAAGCAGUUGAUGUGUUACGAGAAGCUGUCAGCCGUCGUGGUCCAAUAAAAUUAACAGUGGCAAAAAGUUUUGAGAACGGGCAGAGUUGUUUCACAAUCCCAAGGAACAGUCGAGAGGAACCAGUAAGACCAAUCGACACUCAAGCAUGGAUUCAGCAUACAAAUGCAAUGAGAGGAAUGCCGAGUAUUGUGGAAGAAAGCGCCCCAACGCCAAUACCUGGCGAGUGGCCACAUGGACGUCCUCCAAGUAGCUCAACGGUUACAUCGAAUGGAUCAAAUGGUCAGAAUACUGUAGUUGGAAAUGGAACUCAUAUUCAUUUGGAUAUUCACACUGAUAAGAAAAAAGUUGUUGAAAUAAUGGCAAUGCCUGGAUCAGGACUUGAUAUCAAAAACCGUACCUGGCUGAAAAUACCAAUUCCAAUGUCUUUCCUAGGUUCUGAUUUGGUUGAAUGGUUAUUAGAUCGAAUCGAAGGCCUUCGAGAACGGAAAUCAGCUCGAAAUUAUGCUGCAGACUUGUUGAAAUUGAAAUAUAUUGCACACGUGGUGAACAAAGUCACAUUCACUGAGCAGUGUUAUUAUGUACUUGGAGACGAAUGUUCUGAUUACGCUCGAUUCCGAAACGAAGAUGGGGGACCAAAGUAUCAAUGGACAAUGGGAAUGAAUGGAAUGUCUGCUGGAAAUGGUAGUUCUGUAAUGCUUCCACCACCACAUCUUCCUGGAGGAGUACCUCCGGGAGCAUUCAAAGGAAUGGCCCCAUCAAUGGUGAGUGGAUAUGCAUCAAUGCCAUCGUCACCAUACCCAAUUCAACUUCAACAACCGAAAAGAGAAGGAAGUACGACAAGUGGAAGUAGUGGAGGUGGAAUUAGAAAACAGCGAGUAGUUCUUCCUAGACAACUUGCAACUUCAAAUGGAAAUGUACAGUUUGGCGAUGGCUCAACUAUUUAUGAAGAAUCGAAUAACUCAUUUCUUGCAGCAACCGGACAACGUUACGAGUAUAAUUAA